CAGCAACAACGGAAAAACCCUUUUCCCAAACUUUAAAAGCAUUUUAUUGAAAAAUUCUUAAAUUGCACUCAUAUUAUUUGAUUUGUCAAUUAAUUAAAUAUUUAAAAAAAUCUUAACUGAAAUAAAGAUGAAUCAAAACGGUCAAACAACAGCUAAACGUAAUAAGAAUCGUUCUUCUGGUAUUUCAUCAAAUAAUCCAUCUUCAAUGUCAUCCAAUGUUCAAAGAACAAUGAAUCGCUCGAUGCGAACCAAUUACCCAAAUAUGCGCGGUAGUGAUAUGUCAUUAUCAUCAUCAUCAUCAUCAUCAUUACAUCGAAACAUUCAUCCAUCAAAAUCAUCACAAUCGAUGAUGGUAUCACAAGCAGGUGGCAGUAAUAAUCAUUCUCAUAAUAAUAUGGCAAAUACAGCUCCAGUAUCCACCGAAGUACCAUGUAACAGCGGUGUUUACAAGAAUAAACGAUUUGUUCAUUCAAUGACAUCGUUGAUCGGUUGUUUGAUUGAAGUUAAAUUGAAUAGCGGUAAACGUUAUGAAGGCAUUCUUAAAACAUUCUCUCCCGAUUUUCAGUUGGCAUUGUGUUCAGCUGCUCUGAUUGAUAAUAUUGAGGAGGAAAAACGUUGCCAACCUACCGCAAAUAACAACAACAAUAUCGGUAAUCUUUUGGCAGCGUUAGAAUGUGAAGAAAGUGUUGUCGAAACAUUGGUUAUCAGUCCUAAAAAUUUGGUCACAUUCAAGGCAUUGAAUGUUGAUCUGGAUUUUGCGACUAAAAAAGCUGUAAUGACUGACAGUGAGAUUGCAAAACAUGAUGGCAGUACUAAACAACACCGGGAAUUAGUUCCAUGGGAUGGCGGUGAUGACAGUAUUGAUGGUCAUGAUUCAUUAGGUCUAGAUUCUUCAUUGGAUGAUCACAGUGGAUUAUCACUAGGUGGAGGAGGCGUAUCAAAUGGUUGGAAAACUGAAGAUAUGUUCAAAUUGAAUGAAAGUAAAUAUAAUAUAGAAACGACAUAUCAGGAUGAUAUGUCAGAAUAUACUAUUAAACUAGAACAUCGUAAUGAUGAAGAAUAUCGACAACGAGAAGCACAAGCUGCAAAGAUCGCCCGAGAAAUUGAACAAGAUUCUACACGUGUGGCACGUUAUUCUAAAGAAGAUGAACUUGAUGAAGAAUCUCGUUACUCGGCUGUGAUUCGUAGCGAUCCCGAUAUAACUGAAUCGGGAAGCAAUAUGGCAUCUCCAUCGAAUAAUUAUAAUAAUAAUAAUCAUCAUCAUCAUUAUAGGAAUGAUAUGAAUCAUCAUCCAUCUCGAGAUCAGCCUGAUAGAAAUCGUGAUAAUAAUCUUCGCAAUAGUAAUUCUGGAGAUAAUCUUGGCGGAUUUCGAACACAAACUUCUCGACAAAGUCGUAAUCGCAUGAAUACUAAUCGUAAUAGUAGUGGUGGCAGCGGUGGUGUUGAUCGUUCUGGUGGUGGUCAAUCAAUCGGUCCAAAUGAAGCAAAUUGGCGUGAUGCUAAUAGUCGAGUAAGCGCUGAUCAUCGCUAUCAUCAGCAGCAAUCACAGCAACCAUACCGUUCAGCACAGAAUCCAAAUAAACCAAAUUCUGGAUAUGUAGAUCGUAAAUAUAAUGCUAUAAAUUCCCAGCAGCAAUCAUCCAGCCAACAGCAGCAGCCACAGCAAACGUACCAAUCAAGUGCGGCUAGUCAAGCCAAUAAUAAUAUUAAAUCUAGUUAUUCAUCAGUUUCUGCACGAAACAUAUCUAAUGAUAUAAUGGCCACGACCAAUGAAAUGGAAACUAUUAAAACAUUUGCAAGAAGCUCUGGUCAACCACCAUCAUCAAACGAUCCGGAUAAUGUUGGAUAUCAACGUAAAACAUCAUCUGGAAAUAACUCGAAUAGUUUGCCACAACGUGAAUCAUUUAAACAACAACGUACGCCUUAUAAUCGGGUUGUAGAGCAGCAACAACCCCAACCGCAUCAUCAUCAAUCGCACCAGCAUCAUUCAUCCCAACAAUCACAUUCGGAAUCAAAAAUGCCUUCGAAUAAUAAAUCAUUAGAAUCAUCGGAUAUGUCAUCUACAAAAUCGUCGCUUCCUACAUCACCAUCAUCCGGUCCAUCAUCAAAUAUUUCGACUCCUACUGCUGAAUCAUCAUUGAUGAAAUCGCAAUCAGUAGCUACCAAUUUUGCUUCAAAAGCAGCAGAAAUACAUCAAUCAAAAUCCAAUGAUCAAAAUUAUCAGUCACAAGCUCGUAUUACGAGUCCAAAACAAGGACUGGAUAUUGUAAAUAAUAACAAUAAUAGGAAAUUGCCUGAUUCAUUACCUGCAGGAGAAAAUGGUCGACCUACUAUGGUCGAUGCUGUUAAAAAAGGUGCUAACAUGAAUCAACAACAGCAACCGCAACAACCAUCAAAAUCUUUGAUAAUCAGUUCGAAAGAUAGCGUAGAUUCUAAUGAAUCAAAAAAGUUGCCAUCGGAUUUGACAGUUACGCAGACAUCUCCUUUAUCAUCAACUAUCCUUAAUAAUCCGGCGACCACCAGUAAUUCUAUUACUACAGCUUCGGUCAGUUUCACGUCAACAGGAAAUACAGCUACUACUACUGUCACAACAUCAUCUUCCUCAACGAUUACCGUGCAACAACAACAACAGCAACCGCAACAAUCAACAACAGCAUCAUCGACACCAUCAUCAGUUGAUGCCCAUGAAAUAGUGGUUACAUCAAAAUUGAAUCCCAAUGCCAAAAUAUUUACUCCUCGUGCUGUUCAAAUGCCUACGGCAACUCCACCACAGCAACAAAAUCCCCAGCAGGUUGUGGCACCUAUACCACCACACAACUAUCCAUCACCUCAUGCUCCUUAUCAAUCUGUCGUUGCCGGACAUAUGCCAGCAACCACACCACCAUCGAUUCCAUCGACACCUUCAUUAGCUGGACCAGCCGGUACAGGUCAAUUCAUCCCUUAUACUCAUCCUCAUCCUGGCGGUGGUGGUCCACCUGGUCAACAUCUAACUGGUCAUGCUGCUCAUCAUCAACAACAAUCCAUUCGUUAUCCAAUACAAUUUCAGUAUAACCCUAUGAUGCCGCAUCAGAUGGUUCCACAAUAUAUAGCCAUACAGCAUUUCGCAACUUCCAUGCCCGCAGGUGCUGUGACGGCAACGGCUCCUCCCACAGUAGCUUCUCAACAGUCUUCAGGUGGGCCAUCGAAUCAGCAACCACCUCCCGGUUCUUCUCAUCAUAUGAUUUCGGCGAAUGCCGCUCAAUCGAUGGCAACUCAAGCUGGUGCUAAUUCUUUAGUUCAAAAUAAUGGACACGGUCCUCAACAACAACAAGGACCUCAACAACAAUCGCAAAAUGUCAAUCAAACGCAGCCGCGCGGACAUUAUCGUGGUGGUGGUAAAAAUGGUCCAGGUGGCAAUAUGAAUUCUAAUCAGCAACCCCAACAGCAGCAACUUAUACGACAUCAACAUCAUGAAGCAUUUGUUUCACAGCAACAGGCACAGGUGGCCAAUGUAACCGGACAGCCAAUUAUGACCGGUGCCACUCAACCACAGCAUUUACCUGUUGUAUUUCCAGGUCAGGUGCAUCAUCAUCACCAUGCACCAAAUCAAAUUCAUCACAGCCAACAAGCUGGACAAAACGCAGCCAUGGCUGCUCAGCUUGCUGCAUCGGCUCAACCCGGUCAUCAUAAUCAAGCAUUAACACAUUUCAUGUAUCCGGCGGGAUUUCCGCCACGGCCGUUAUUAGCAACUCAUCAAUCACAUCAUCAUCAUCCAAAUGCAUUAGGCAUGACUAUUCAACCUGGUCUAUAUGCACCACCGGAUUCACAUAUGCCUACUGUCUAUAUGCAAACUGAAAUGCCGCAUCAGAUUGUUACUGCUCAAUCUAUGGCACCCCCACCUAAUGCAAUGGUUCCACCUCCCAAUAAUAUUCCACAAACUAUUGUUCCAACUACCGGUGGAACUAUGCCUGCACCAACAGGAGCGGCAGCAACGUCAACGCAAUCAUCUGUGCCACAAGGUUCCGUUCCAACUUCUCAACAAUCACAACAACAACCUACAUAUGGGUGAUUGAAUAAGAUCAAUUUCAAAACCGAAUACUAAUAUAAUAAAUUCAUUGGAAAUUUUUUGUCCUGUUCAAAUGUUAUGCAUUUCUAGAUAAGAUCUGUACAUUUACACUCACAUAUACAUUCAAUUUCCGAAGUUGUUGAACAGAGAUUCUAUACAGUGAACUUUCUUUUUG